UUUUUUUUUUGAAUUAAUCAUUUUUACGAAAUUUGAGAAUGGAUAAUACCGUCUUUGAGACCCUUUUAAGAGUUGCUGAUAAUGAUGGUACUAUUCGUACUGCUGCUGAAAAUAGACUAAAAGAACUUGCCCUUCAACCUGAAUUCCCUAUUAGCCUUGCAAAGCUUACUGUUUCUCAACAAUAUGCUAUCCCUCAGCGUCAAAUAUCCUUUUUCAAUAUAUACGUUUAUCAUUAUCCUUAACCCCCUCUUUUUUUUUGUUUACUUGGCAGCACUUACACUUAAAACAUAUGUUACUACACAUUGGUCAAGUAAGAAUGAUGACAAAUUUGUAGGGCCUGAAGCACCACCUGAGAGUAAAGCAGCUGUCCGUGAAAUUAUUUUGAAUGGUCUUGCUGAUCCUGAAUCAAAAAUUAGAGUAGUGAGUGCCUAUGUUGUUUCUAAAAUUGCUCACGACGAUUUUCCAGAGGAUUGGCCUAAUCUUUUUGACAUAUUAUUAAGUUAUUUAAAAAGCAAUAGUGCAGAUAGUGUUCAUGGCGCUAUGCAUGUAUUAUUAGAAAUGGUUAAAAAAGAUAUUAGUAUUCAACAAUUGCCUCAAAUUGGUCCUGUUUUAAUCCCUGAAAUGUAUCGCAUUUUAACUUCGGACAAUGUUUAUUCAUUUAGUACUCGUGGUAGGGCUGUGAAUAUCCUAACGAGUUGUAUCGAAAUGUUAUCUACAUUACGCGAAGAGAAUCCAGCUUUAGCUGAACAGUUUAUUGCACCAAUCAUCCCUCAGUGGAUGGAAGCAUUCGUGAUUAUUUUAAAUCAUCAUGUUCAAGGCGAUGAUGAAAAAGCCACUGAAGAGUAUGGAUUAAAGAUGAAAGUUGUUAAAUGUAUUUGUACUAUCAGCGCUGAAUUCCCCAAAUAUAUUUCCUCUCUUUUACCACAACUUUUUGAACCUAUCUGGAUGGAUCUUUACAAUUUACGUGAACGUUAUGUAGAGGAAUUUGUCAGUGAUUCAGGCGAUAUCGGGGAAUCUUAUCAAGACUCAGAAGGAAACGAGAUUGGGUUUCAACAUUUAUUAUACGUUUUGUUUGAUUUUGUUGCAGCUGCAUGUACUAAAAAGACGGUUAGACAUUUGUUUAUGAAUGCAGAUGGUACUGCUACUGGAUUCUUUGAGCAGUUGUUAUAUGUUUACAUUAUCUAUAUGCAAAUUACGCAAGAGCAAAUCGAGACAUGGUCUUCGGAUGCGAAUCAAUUUGUAGCUGAUGAAGAAGAUGGCACCUUUACUUUCAAUGCUCGUGUUGCAUCUAUUGAUGUCCUCUUAACUUUACAAGAGGCUUUCCCUAUUCCCUUCUUUAAUGCCUUGAGUGCUGCUAUUCAACGUCAUAUUUCUGAAUCAAAUGAAGCUCGAAAUGCUGGCAAUGGGGAUUGGUGGAAGAUUCAAGAAUCUUGUUUGUUAGCUGUAGGUAGACUAUCUGAAGAAUUAGCAGAUUCUUUGGCUGAUGAGAGUAAGAAAGUUCAAUUUGAUCUCAAGAGUUUAUUCGAUCAUGUUGUUCUUGAAGAUAUGAAGUUGUCUGAUCUUCCAUUUUUACAAGGUCGAGCUUUCGUUUUUGCAUCUGAAUUUGCAAAAAUUUUACCGAAUGACAUGUCUAGUCAAUAUGUCUCUGUUGCUGUUCAGGCUCUUCAAUCUCCAAACAGUGGUAUCCCUGUUAAGAUUUCGGCUUUAAGAGCUUUGGAUAAUUAUUGUAAAUAUUUGAAUCCUCAAUUUGUUACACCUUAUCAAGUAAAUAUUAUGGAAGGUGCAUGUCAACUUUUACCUUUAGCUACUGAGGAAUCCUUGAUGCUAUUGCUUGAUACAUUAGCAUCCGCUAUUAAGAUUAACCAAGAAGUUACUGCUAAAUAUGAACAUAUCCUGACACCUGCUAUUUUGCAACUUUGGGAAAAAAAUGCUACAGAUUCUAUCAUUACUAGUUAUAUCCUUGAUUUAUUUGAAGAAUUUGCUAAAAAUACAUUCUAUUAUUCUUCUCUAUGCGCACGAGCUCUUCCUUUUAUAGGUCAAGUUCUCUCUACUGCCAACACGAAUCCUAUUGUAUAUUCAUCUGCUGUAGAUUUGCUUACUGCAAUGAUUUCAUUUGGCCCUUCUCCUUUACCUAAUGAAUUUACUGAGCAAAUGUUCCCAGGUUUAAUGCAAUUGGCAUGGAAUGUCCCAGAUAUUGAUUUACUUCAAAGCACACAGGAAUGUUUGAAGACUUUUAUUAAUAAAGAUGCAGAUCAUAUUAUGAGAUGGCAUGAUCCAUCUGGUAAAUCUGGGUUAGAUUAUAUUAUCCUUUUUAUUGCUAAAUUGCUUGAACCUACUGGUUCUGAUUCUGACGCUAUCUUUGUUGGUGACUUAAUUGUCACUUUGAUCCAAAAAGUUGGUAAUGGUAUUGCACCUGUCUUACCCAACUUAUUAACAGCCGUUCUUGGACGUUUAAUGAAUACUGAUUAUCAACCUUUUAUUCAAUCUCUUGUUAUGGUAUUUGCUCACUUGAUCAUUUCUCAGCAGGAUACUGUAUUCCAAUUCCUCUGUGAUGCCCAAAUUAAUGGAAAGAAUGGGUUAGAAAUUUUAAUGACAACUUGGUGUGAUAACUAUGAUAGUUUCUCUGGUUAUUAUACCAUGAAGGUUAGUGCUGUUGCUCUAUCAAAAGUCUUUCUUUCAAGUGAUCCUAGACUUCAAAGUAUUAGUGUUAAAGGUGAUAUUGUUGUUAACCCUAAUGCUGGCAUUGUUACACGAUCAAGAGCAAAGAGAAACCCUGAUCAAUACCAAACUAUUUCAGUACCUACAAAGAUCAUUAAGCUCUUGAUAGCAGAUGCUACUACUGCAUAUAUGAAUGAACAAGCACCCAUUGAAGAUGCAGAAUCUGUAGAUGAAGAUGAGACUGGAGAUUGGGAAGACGUUGAUGAUGAUCCAUUUACUGCUCGCAAUGAUUUCCAUCUUUUAUCCGACAUGUUGAAUAACCUUGAUGAGAAUGAUGAUGAAGAGGAUAAUCCUGACUUGAAGAAUGAUCCUAUUUAUCAAACUGAUAUGAAGACUUAUUUAACAGACUUUUUCCGUAACUGUAAUACACAUAAUGUUAAUAAUUUUAAUGAAAUCUGUCAAAUUCAAUUGAAUCUAGAAGAAAAACAAAUUUUGGAGCACAUUCUUCGUCAAUAAUUUUUUUUUUAAUCUACAAAAUAAACGCGUACUACAAUCAAUUCAAA